AUGACUGUCACUUACUCCAGUAAAGUAGCAAAUGCGACUUUUUUUGGAUUUCAUAGGUUACUCCUCAAGUGGAGAGGGAGCAUCUACAAACUCCUAUACAGGGAAUUUAUUGUUUUUGCUGUUCUUUACACAGCAAUAAGUUUGGUGUACAGAUUGUUACUUACAGGAGCCCAAAAACGUUACUUUGAAAAAUUAUCAAUUUACUGUGACAGAUAUGCUGAACAAAUUCCAGUAACCUUUGUUCUGGGUUUUUAUGUCACUCUGGUGGUGAACCGAUGGUGGAACCAGUUCGUGAACUUGCCCUGGCCAGAUAGGCUCAUGUUCCUCAUAUCCAGCAGUGUUCAUGGGACCGACGAACAUGGGCGCCUGCUGCGAAGGACACUGAUGAGAUAUGUCAAUCUUACAUCCCUGCUCAUCUUCCGCUCCGUGAGCACCGCCGUGUACAAAAGAUUCCCAACCAUCGACCAUGUGGUUGAAGCAGGUUUUAUGACUGCUGAUGAAAGGAAAUUGUUUGACCAUCUCAAAUCUCCUCAUUUGAAAUAUUGGGUCCCAUUUAUCUGGUUUGGGAAUCUAGCAGCAAAAGCCCGGAAGGAAGGAAGAAUCCGAGACAGUGUUGAUCUGCAGUCCUUGAUGACGGAAAUGAACCGCUAUCGCUCUUGGUGCAGCCUCUUAUUCGGUUAUGACUGGGUUGGGAUCCCACUGGUUUACACUCAGGUAGUCACUCUGGCUGUCUAUACCUUUUUUGUUGCCUGCCUGAUUGGAAGGCAGUUUUUGGAUCCCACCAAGGGCUAUGCUGGCCAUGACUUAGAUCUCUAUAUUCCAGUCUUUACCCUCCUCCAGUUUGUCUUCUAUGCAGGAUGGCUCAAGGUUGCUGAGCAACUUAUCAACCCUUUUGGAGAAGAUGAUGAUGAUUUUGAAACUAACUGGUGCAUUGACAGAAAUCUACAGGUCUCUCUUUUGGCUGUGGAUGAAAUGCACAUGACCUUACCUAAGAUGAAAAAGGACAUUUACUGGGAUGACUCUGCUGCUAGGCCCCCAUACACACUGGCAGCUGCUGAUUACUGCAUACCCUCAUUUCUGGGGUCAACCAUCCAAAUGGGGCUGUCCGGGUCCGACAUGCCUGCGGAGGACUGGCUGUGGGGCAUUGAGAAGCAUGGCCCUCACAGAUCCGUGAUUAGGAAAGUCAAGAGAUUCCUGAGCACCAGUGACCAUCCUUCCAGCCCCAGGAGGAGAACCUAUGGACGGCAGGCGAGCGACAGCUCUGUGUUCUUCCCCUCGGUUGACCUCAGUCCAACCAGGGAUCUGCUGGAUGUGCCCCCAAGAAGCCCCUACCGGACCACAGCCUUCAGGAAGCAAAGCAGAGCCCGGGAGGGGAGCCCCAAGCUGCACACAAGUCUGGGAGAACUGUCUAUGAUCCGGGAGACCAGCCGCACCAGCACUUUGCAGAGCCUGACCCCCCAGUCCAGCCUGAGAGCCUCCCCCACAAAAAUGCCACAGGUUCCUGAGGUGCUGAUCACCACUGCAGAGGCUGUGGAAGACCAUCAGCGGGACUCCACCAGCUCUACCCAAAGUUUGGUGUUUACUGGGGUUCAGCCAAGUGGACCUGGGCAGCAGCAGGACCUGAUGGAAUUGAGCCCACUGCCCUCAGAGGAGACACCUCAAAACCUCGCUUCCAAAAAUGUUGUUGCUGGCCAACCUGAGAGAAACCCCCUCAGCUUUGAUGCAGAUGAUUACCUGGACGAGAAUGACAUGUUCCCCAAAAGGUGGAGCCUUCCGGGGUUCCUGGAGUCUAGCCAAACCUCCCUGGCAGGCCUAGGUCCAGAUCCUGUGAGUUCUGAGCCCACUCUCUUACUCGACACAGAGACUUCCUCAGAGAUCAGUGGGACCAACGUAGUGAGUGACUCUUCCAUCUUCCAUAAUGUGUUGUACUUAGUAGAAGACCUGGACACCAAGGAAACGGAUAUUAUAGAGUCCAGCCACGAACAAGCUGAGGAAUCUCUUAAGGGACAGCCAGGAGGGUCUAAGGACCUUGUUCUAGCCUAG